AUGCCUAUCGGCCUGAUUGAUGACAAGAAAGUGGAAGGAAUUGCUGUUCUCAAGAGAUCCAAACAGAUGUUGGACCAGGGACAACCACAGAACGUUAUUUUAGUACAUCCAUGGUUUUUCACUGAAACCAAUGGAAUAAGUAAUGAUGGAUUAGGAAGACAAACGACAAGUGGAAGUGUCCAAAUGGAUGGAUAUUCUAUGUCCAAAUGUUUGAGAAAAGAGAAGCGUUCAGGUAUCCCAGUUAUUACUGUUUGUAAGGCCUCAGGCCUCCCCAACAGGGGUCUUUUGUGUGCUCAAAUGGUCAAGUUUUCAAGUAAUAUAAGAGACUCCGUUUGUGUUGCCCCCAAGGGCACCACUCCGCGUACAACCGUUAGCUUUGAGUGA